AUGUUGGAACCCAAGGACUGGCCUGCGAUGGUGCUGCCAAUGCCCUCCCAGUGGCACGUCUCCGGCUACUCCCGCGCCGGCGAAGCCACCGGCUUCUACGUGAAGCAGAUGCGGUGGUUCCUCGACGCCGGGGUGCCCACCUCCCAGAUCAAGCCCGACAUCGUCUUCAUCUCCCACUCACACACCGACCAUUCGAUGAUGCUGCCCCUUCUCGUCGACCGGCGGAAGCCUCUCCGAGUCUACGCCCCAGCGGAGGCGGUGCCAUUCCUUGCCGGCUACGUGGCGGGCAUGAACAAGCUCAACCAGCAGUCUGACGACUACGAGGACCGGUCCGCUGGCUACACUUACAUCCCGGUCACCACCGGCCAAACGGUGCAGAUCGACAACAAGUUCUGGGCCCAUGUGAUCGAUUGCGAGCACCCGGUGACGAGCGUGGGGUACUGCUUCUUCGAGAAGCGCAAACGACUCAAGGACGAGUUCAAGGGCAAGUCCGGACGAGAGCUUGGGCAGCUGCGCAAGGAUGGUGUCGAACUCAACGAAGAGGCCGAGCUGCCGUACAUGGCAUUUUUGGGCGACACCACGGGAAAGGUCUUGGUCGAUCACGGCAAGCUGCUCAGCACGUACCCGGUGGUGUUCAUCGAGUGCACCUUCUUCCAGCCUGACCACAAGGACGCCGCGGCAGGCAGCCAACACCUCCACUGGAGUGAUCUUCGUCCGUUCGCGCUGGAGCACAGGGACACGACGUUCAUCCUCAUUCACUUCUCCAAGCGGUACAGCGAUGACGAGAUCCACGCCUUCUUCGACAACGAGCGGGCCUCGCAACGUGAGCUGGAAGCCGCCGAAGACGCCGCGGCUUCGGCCACCGGUGGCUGCCCCAAGCGAAGACCGGCCUUCGACAACGUGGUCGUCUGGCUCGCCGGCCUGGGCCAGCACACAGCCGAGUCUGCUCGAGCGGGGCCGAUUGGCGAAUGA